AGCUAAACCAAUCAAUAGUGUUCUUAUAACUUUGGGAUUUAUUUAGCAAACAUGGCUGCCAAAUCGACGAAAAUUUCGUUAUCGGGAAAAAAUUUGAUCUUUUUACUUUGUUUGUGUCUUGUUCAAGGACGAAAACACCAUCUUGAUAUAAAGACUGAUGACAGAAGGCAGUAUACACUAAGCAGUUUUGGAUUCUUGAAACAUGGGACACUUACUGUCAAUGUUACAAACUUUGUCUUCCCACAAGCCGCUGCGAGGGUUAACAACAGAACAUUUGGUUUUACAAUAGAUGUAAGCAGUAACACAGGUUCUAGCGGAUAUAUGGAAGACUAUAAAGAUGAUUGUAUUUUGAGAACCAAUGAUGACCAGCCUAUCAUCUUCUUCAGAAUGGACUUUCAAACCAAUAAGUUGUUGAUUGAAAGGAGAGGUAAGGAGUUACAGAACAUCAUUAUUAGUAAUCAGACUAUCGAAGCCUUCUGGAAAACACACAAUAUGGCUCGUAGAGAGGCGCAGAAAUCCAUACCUUCUGCUCUAAGCGAUACCUACCUCUUUAAUGGCCGAACUUCUGGUGCGAGAGAAAGGAGGGAAGUCCUGAAUCCUGAACCUGUACCAAAAGCAAACCAGUUAGACGUUAAAGAUAACACAACCACUGCUGCAUCAGACAGCACUACUGUUGCCAAGGUGACCACACCAGUGCCAGCAAAGACAAAGAAGCCAGCGUCCGUACCUUCACCAAUCAUCAAUGAGUUACCAAUGGGACAGAAUAAAGAAAUCUAUUCAUUCUAUUUUCUGCUGGCUGUGACAGACGAAGCACAGGAAGGCAUGUACACCCUGAACUUUCACAACUGUGAGACCAAAAACAGUGAAAAUACAGUCUCUUAUUCAAUUGACAUUGUAGAGGUGAACGAGAACGGUAACUAUCUGUCUGCCAGUGUGAUGCCGUUACCGACACUUUACUUUGCUCUCAGUUUAUUCUAUGUUGUCAUGGCAAUAGUGUGGAACACAGUGUUGUGUAAAUCUGAUGAUACCGUUUAUAAGAUGCACUAUCUGAUGUUGGUCGUGGUGUUUGUGAAGAGUUUAUCAUGCUUGUUCCAUGCUUUGUCUGGCAGUUGUCUGGUAGGUACAGAUAUACUAGAUUUGUUAUGUUGUGGAGCUAUACUGUUUCCAGUUGUUCUGGUAGGUACAGAUAUACUAGAUUUUGUUAUGGUUGUGGAGCUAUAUACUGUUUCCAGUUGUCUGUUGUAUGCCGUAGGUACAGAUAUAACUAGAUUGUGUAUGGUUGUUGAAGCUAUUACUGUUUCCAGUUGUCUGGCAGGUACAGAAAUACUAGAUUUUGUUAUGUUUGUGGAGCUAUACUGUUUCCAGUUGUCUGGUAGUUACAGAUAUACUAGAUUUGUUAUGUUUGUGGAGCUAUACUGUUUCCAGUUGUCUGGUAGGUACAGAAAUACUAGAUUUGUUAUUGUUGUGGAGCUAUACUGUUUUCCAGUUGUCUGUUGUCUGGUAGGUACAGAUAUACUAGAUUUGUUAUGUUGUGGAGCUAUACUGUUUCCAGUUGUCUGUUGUCUGGUAGGUACAGAUAUACUAGAUUUGUUAUGUUGUGGAGCUAUACUGUUUCCAGUUGUCUGUUGUCUGGUAGGUACAGAUAUACUAGAUUUGUUAUGUUGUGGAGCUAUACUGUUUCCAGUUGUCUGUUGUCUGGUAGGUACAGAUAUACUAGAUUUGUUAUGUUGUGGAGCUAUACUGUUUCCAGUUGUCUGGUCAAUUAGGCAUUUGCAAGAGGCAUCAAGAGCCGAUGGCAAAGAAGAAUUUAGUCUCACCAAAUUGAAAUUAUUUAGACAGUUUUAUAUAAUGAUUGUGUGUUAUAUAUAUUUCACAAGAAUUAUUGUGUAUUUAUUAAAGAUGACCGUGCCAUUCCAAUAUGAAUGGUUGAACGAAUUAUUCCGGGAGCUGGCAACAAUCAUGUUUUUCAUAAUAACGGGUUACAAGUUUAAACCUGCGGCUGACAAUCCGUACCUGCGGGUCCCGACGGAGGAAGACGAGGAAAUGGAGAUGGAUGAAGUAAUAAUCGGAAAAUCGGCAUCUUUGGACACAUUAAAGAAGGUGAAUCAAGGUAACCGCGACGAAAGUACAGGACCAAAACUACGAGAAAGCAGUCACGAGUAUGAUUGACAUAAACUGUCACCAUCACGUGUUUGACUGACAUAAAUUUUCCGGUCUUUUAUGUGUGAUUGACAUACAUUUUCCAGUCAUAUUAUAUGAGAUUGACAGAAACUUUCCAGUCAUUUAUGUGUUGUUGACAUAAAUUUUCCAGUCACCUCUGUGUGAUUGACAUAAAUUUUCCAGUCACUUAUAUCAUAGACAUAAAUUUUCCUUGUAAUAAACAAUGAGGGAUAUGUGUAUAUAUUUCUAAAUUAUCGUACUGUGGUAUUAUAAAGUAUGGUGGAGCAGAAAGGACAAAAAUAACAAGAAAUUUAUUUAUUAUGUUUAUAGAGCAGUAUUAUGAUGUACAUAUAGACAAUAUUUACUAUACUAUGAAACUGAUGUAAAAAUAUUAAAUCACCAAAAUUUAUGACCAAUAUGUGAUAUGAUAUGUGCAUUUAUUUCCAAAAUUGUUUUAUGAAUAGUAAAAUGAAGUAUGGUGAAAAAGAAUGGACAUGAAUGAAAAGAACUUUAUUAACUUUCAAAGGGACAAGAAUAAUAUCAUUUUGUUAUUAAUGUAAGAAAUUGUGUGCUCAAACAUAAAGUUAUACUUAUAUCCAAAUGACCAGUCUUUUAUUGUAUUGAUCACUCCUGUCUUGAAAAUAGAUUAUACUGAAAGUUUAUAUGCAUCCAGAUAUCACCUUUUUACGAUCCUUAAAAACAUUGUUAUUUUUUAAGUUUGCUAUUUGACUUACAGAUAAUGUAUAGGUAACUUUAUGUAAGUCUGAAAGAUGUAAAAUGUGUUCUAAUGUUUAAAGGUAAUGCACCAAUUUAUUGUAAUAUCAGCACCUUGCUACUCUGGGAUUGAAUACCAAAGGGAUGGAAACGAGCCAUGUUUUACCUUCCAUCUGUCACAGCACUGCUUAGUUAAUGUUAGAGUUUUAAUUUUGGUACCAAAACAGCGAGAGAUAUGUCCAACUGGUAGUAUUGUGGGCAUUAAGUGGGCAUUUUACUAAUGAAUGUCCCUUUAUGGGAUUAACCUUCCAAUAGAUUAAAAAUCCAAAUAUAUAACUCCCCACUAUUCCCUGGGGAGGGGGCAUCAUGAUGCAUUAACAAAUGCAUUCACAUUUUUCUUGUACAAUUUUAAACUGCAUAAGAGUGGUGAUAUUGUUGAAUGUAACAAAAUUAUUUAGUCUUAUGACACUAUAAAUAUUCUAAUUUAAUAUAUUGUAAAUUUAGAAAAUUUUCAAUUUAUUGUCAAAAUUUUGUAUGUUUUUCUCUUCUACUCUUUUUCUAUUUGAUGUAUAGCUAUUAAAGAUCCUGUAACACAUUUUUUUUUUCAUGGUUUUAUUUCAUAAAUAUGAUGCUCAAAUUAAGAUUUGUCAAUUUUUUAAGUUCCAAUAAGCAUUAUUUAUAAAGAUAUUACCGAAUUUAACAUUUCAUGUUAAUUAAGGGAGGUAAUUAGAAAUUAAUUGUCUAUAAAAUCAAAGUCAAAUUUUCCAAUAAGAACUGAAUGUAAAUAUAAUUUAUUGAUUAAAUAUAAUAUGCACAAAUAUUUGCAGUAAACAUUUAACAUAUUCUUCGAUGUUUGAAAAUUGCUUUAUUUGCAUAAUUAUAUACAUAUAUAUUUUUUUGCAAGUGUGGUACACACAGUAACAAUAUCAAUCACAAAACAUACAGGAUCUUUAAUUCACAUGUCAGUUAAAUAUUUACACAAGUCAUAAAUUCAGAUUAUUGACUUAAAACCACUUACCUCUCACUGCUAUAGGUUUGAGCCGCAUCUUCAGAUAAUGCAUGCUAGGAAUCUAUCCAGCUAGCAUAUGGAAUGUUGGUGAUUCUAUUCAGGUGCCUGUUUGUGCCUGAAAUGAUAUAGAGAGGGGCACCUAAGGUCUUCCUCCACGAGUAAAGCUGGAAAGUCGCCAUAUGACCUUUUAUGUGUUGUUGCGACUUUAAACCGAACCAAAAAAAAAUCAUUGAGUAGUUUACACUGUUAACACGUGUCUGUCAAAUUUUUUUACACAUGCAUUAAAGUAUGUUCCAUUUUUCUAUACUCUGUACAUACAGUAAGACAAAUAAGUACUGUUCAAGAUGUAACUUUGUGUAUUUAUGGACUUAAAACUUUUGUUAAUUUAAUGUCCUUUCUAAAAAGAACAUAUUUAAAUUUUAGAAAAUACAUGAAUAUAAGUAAAUUUUUUAAAGAAGUUUUGAAAUAUAAAUUUUGAUCUUGAUGCUCAAUCUAUCAAUCCUUUAUGAACAUGGGACCUGGCUUCGAAGCCUUAAAACUUGUUUUCUGAGCUCAGUCUCAAAUGUCAGGAUGUUCGUUGGUCAGUAUACAAUCUAUGCAGGUUUCUGACCAAUCAAAUAGCUGUGAAAAUGUUUUAUAAACUUUGUGUAAACUUUGUCUAACAUGUUUCUACAGAGAGAAGAAAUAUAAGGGUUGACGUAGAAAAUGAAUUUGUGUAUAUAUACAUUUCUGUGUUUAGUGAAUUAUUCUAGUCUUACCUUACAAUCAAGAUAUUGCACAUGGAGCUUUCAGGGUCAUUCUUUCAUAGGUCAUAAACCUUUAUUAAUACUUCAGUGAUCAGACAAUUUCAUUUUAUGCCUGACAUGACAUCUGGUAUGGCAAUUUGAAAUCACUACAAAAUUUUCUAAUAAAUCAUUCAGUUUUAGAUCAGUUGCUUUAAAUCAAUAUAUUAUUGUUAUAUGUUUUAUCUUAUUAUUUAUAGCGAGUUCGAACGGCCUGCUUGCAAAGCUAAAUGCUGUUGUAACAGUAUCUUAUGAGUGGAAUAUAGAAUUUAAAUAUUUGAAGAGGACUAUAAAAUUUAGAUUCAUUACGUGGAAUAUACAAUUUAAUUAUUUUACGUAGAAUAUUGGAUUUAGAUAUUCCAUUAUUGUAUAUACAUUGUAUAUAAUUAUGAAUGCUUAAUUGUACAUAUUAAUUCAACUAGAUUAUUAUUAUUGAAGAUUUGUAAAUUAUUGCUUUUCUUAUUGAUAAGCAUGUGUCCAGUAUAUCCAGUAAGACAAAACUCAUAGUAACAUGCGAUCAAAUUCAAGUAAUUUUGUGGGCAUACAAUUCUGUACUUUUUUUGUCAAAAAAGGUCAUUUUCGUUAAUUUUAAAAUUUGAUGAUAGUUUAAAAUGCAAAUAAUUUUAUGCAAAAAUAAUGUUACAGCCCAUGAUGAAAUGAAAAACUAUUGGAUCUUAAAUUCGUGAAUUUACUGAUAUAGAAACUUCAAAACAUAGUGCCCCUGAAAUGAUGAUUAUUUUACAGUACUUGCAAAUACAUUACCUAACUGGUAAAAUAAUUUUUCAAGCUCUUCAUGAAAAAUUAAUUUCUCAUCUAGAAAUGUACAUUAUCGUAGGUCUGAUACUAGUUAUUUCUUUAGUAAAUUUGAGUUGGAUAAGAACAAAGCUUUGUAGUCAAAAUUUUGUCUACAGUUAUCCCCCUCCCUUCACAACUAAGCAUAAUUAUGUCUCCCUGAAAGUAGGAAAAUCUUGUCCGGCCUUCACAGGUCAAACUACUGGUGGGAUUUCAAUGUAACUUUGCAAUAGUGACUAAACAUAGUUUUGGGAGACAUAUGUUUUUGUGACAAAAACCCUUCUAGUUAUCAAGUAAAGUACACCUUUGACUAUGUUUAUAAACCAAUUGCUAUACUGUAUUGAUCAGGAGAACAAUUGUUUUUUGCGUAUUUUUUGUUUGAUUGCAAAACAGGAUUGAUAGAUUCCUACUCUGACCUUUAAUUUGAAUAUCAAUAGAUUUAGCCACAAACAUUGUCACGUCCUCUUUUGUGAAAAAAUUACUAUUGUAAUCAAUUAAUCUUAUACCUAGAAUUAGACAGAUAAGGGAUCAUGCAUUUUAGGUUUAUAAAACAGUAAACAGGACAAAGACAAACAAGAGCUUUUUGAAAAGGGGUCAUGGUCAAUAUCUAAACAAUAGCCUCAUUUUGAAAUAUUUAAAUAUGACAUUGACCCUUAAAUUAUGUUGAACUUUCUCAUAAGUUCACGUUUGCUAUAAAUUCAGGAAAUUGUGAUUGAAUGUAUGGGAAGACAUUUGAAAUGAUUUUAAUUUAAUCAGAAUUAAGUUAUAUUAAUUUUUUAAUAAGGUGGAGCAGUUAGUUCUGUAAGCUUAGCUUUAGAUGUGUACAAUAUUAGUGUUAUCCACUCACUUAAUAGCGUAAUACCAAAUGUUAUCCACAUACUGGAUGGUAUUAUAUCUGUUUUAUUGACACUGAAGUAAUAUCAGUUUUAUUCACAAAGUGAUCAUGAUAUAAAGGUGACACCCUUGCACCUAAUAUUUGUAAAUUGUGUCUGUUGUCAUUUCUUUAUAAACUUAUUGUUACCAUCUUGCUUCUUCUAUCUCUUGAUUAAAAUUGUAAAAAUUA